AUCAUAUCUGACAGUGCAAUCAGAUCAAUCAAACAUAAACAACGAAGAUUUUAUCUCUAUUUACUGAUCAGGAUUCAGAGAUUGUAUUCUGUAGUGUUGGUAUUCAGUUUUUUAGGGGAUACUCUUCCCGAUCAGUCUUGGAAGGAGGAAAUCAAAAUGUUUUCAAAUCUCCCAUCAGAAACUGAUGCAGAGUUUUUCACCAAAAACUUGAGAACAUUGAGAAUGCAAGGGAUCCACAGUCGUCAGAGCGCCAGACAAGAUACAAAGGUUAUGCGACUUGCCAAUGCACUGUGAAGAGGCUAAAGCUUGCAGAAUGAGUCUUGAGGUGUCCAUAAUGGAAGGAGAGAAAGAAACUGUGUCUGUGAAGUGGUGGAAUCACCGAAGCGCUAUGUGUCGUUCAAUAAGAGACAUGUACAUGAAAAAUCAGUAUGCAGAUGUCAGGCUAGUAUGUGAGGGGCAAGAACACUGGGUACAUAAGUUUGUUUUAUCAGCUUGUAGUGAGUAUUUUGAAACCAUAUUAAAUGAUGUUCCAUAUCAAGGCUCUAUUACCCUUGCUCCGUCAAUCCAGCAAAAAGAACUACUUUCAUUACUUGAUUUCAUGUACCUUGGAAUAGUUGAUGUUUUGCAACAUGAAUUGCCCACCCUUGUGGCAGCUGCAGAAACACUGAUGAUUCGAGGCCUUGCUGUACCCUAUGAGGAUGAAGAUUCCGAAGAUGAUUACCCAAAUAUAAAGACAGAGAGUAAGGAUUUUGCAGUGAAUUCAGAUAGUUCAAAAACUGGUGUUACUAAUUGUCCCAAGAAUGAAAAUUAUAAGAGAAGAAGGGCUAAUGAAGUUGAGUACUUUGUUAAAUCAGAAGGAGAAAUGUAUGGAGAGGUACCGUCAGGCCCACAUAUGACUCCAUCAACCAGCUGUAGGAGGCCUGAUCAAAAUUGCCAAGUCACAAGUUCAAAUGCUGAAGUGAAUGCUAUGUUGAAAGUCUUAAUUGGCAAAGCUCCUGAGAAGGGUGGCAGGAAGCAGACAAGAGAAGGAAACCACGAAGCAGACAAAUCCGAAGGUGGUCUAAAGGACGCUGGGCCCUUCACCUGUUGUACUUGCAGUAAAACAUUCCAGUGGAGGAGUAAUCUAACAAAACACAUGCGUACUCACACAGGAGAAAAACCAUACAGUUGUAGUGUUUGUACUUAUAGAACCAGUUAUAGUGAGGCUCUGAAGAGACAUAUGCGUAUACACACAGGAGAAAAGCCUUAUCACUGUGAAUAUUGUGACUACAAGACUCGAGAUCCAGGUUCCCUUAAGAUUCAUAUAAGAAAACAUAAUUCAUCUAACAAUGAAAGUCAUCAGGAUACAAAUUCUUACACCAGUGAAUCGGUGCCAUCAAAUGUUAUAAGGCACGAUGGGGAUAACUAUAGACCAAUGCAGUCAGGUGGUAGUCAGCAUUUGGAAGACCCACCACACCAGCUUCAGAAUACAAUGCAAUAUGAAUAGGCUGCAAUCUCUCAUGUGACUUAUUUAUGUGGUUCUUCACAUUUUUACUUUAGUUUAGUGAUACUUCGAUUAGAUGAAUAUUGUAUAAAGAAAAUAUGUAUAGUAGUAAGAGAGUUUUGUGUAGGGUUAUACUGCAGAUGGGAAAUGAACUAAAAUGCUUUGUCAGUGCAGACAGCUACAGUGUUAGCUUUGAUAUUAUGUAUUGAGUGGAUUGCUUAUGUGGUGAACUGAUUAAAUUACUAGAUAUGCUUACUAGUAUAGAUAUUUUUUUAAGAGUGCAUAUAGUAUAAUUAGAUUUCUAUGUUGGUUCACCAUUAGCAUUUAGUAAAUUGGCAAAGUACUAGUAUUUGUGAGUAAGUAGUACGUAUUCAAUUUUAUUUUGAUAAUAUAUUUUUAUUUAACAAUAGAAUAUUUGCUUCCAAGUAUGUACUUCCAGAUUGGAGCAAUUAUUUCUCUUUAUGUAAUAUCAGAGACUAAAAGAGUAGUCAAAGACUUAUAUAAAAUGACAGAUCCUUUGAAAAAAUCUUAUUUUUUAAUCCUUACAGGACAAGGUAAUUAUCUGACAUACUAUCACUUUUCAUAUUUUACCUUACAGGACAAGGCAACUAUUUGACAUAAACUCACUUUCCAUAUUUUAAGUCAAAGCCUAUGUUUUAUAAGAAAUUUGGCCCCUUACGGUUUUCUUGUUUCAGUAUAUUAGAAGUGAUGAUCAUUUUUUCCCCACUACCAUCAGGCAACACAUGGAAAUGAAAGGAUUCCACAGCUCUGGAGAUCAACAUAACACAAUCUAAUUUAAUGAAUGUUUGAUCAUAUACCUUAUACUUUUUCUUAUUAAGAAAGUUGGAACGUCAGAGUAUAAUUUUUAACAUUUAACAAAUUACAAGCAUAAAUGCUGUACAUCAUGCAGCAAUGAAAAUACUUUGCCAGAAAGUAGGAAAUGCAUAAAACAUACAAUAUUUGUAUUCUUUUAAGAAACAAAACUUUUUUUUAUAAUAGCCUGCAAG